AUGAAUGUAGAGGCAUUACGUUACUUUUGGAAUCAUUAUCAACUGCUUGACUGCGUUGUGGCUUUACUCUUCUUAGUGAUUUCUACAAUUGUUACCGCAACGUGUUCCCCAUAUUGUCGUCCCUUCAGUUGGAAAGAUCCAUCUAUUGAUUAUCCGUAUGUAGUUAGUGUGACAUUUCCAAUAUGGACUCUCUUCCUGUUCUUAGCUAUGGCAUUAGUAUUCUACGGCUUAGUGGUGACUUCACUUGGUGGUCCACUCUGGUUGUGGGUGAAGGCGCAAUUGCUGGCAGCAGUAUCUCAACAAGUAAUUGUAAAUUUACUAAAAAUAUACGCUGGUCGUAUUCGGCCAGAUUACUUGAACCGUUUGCGGUAUCUUGGAUUUAAUGAAGAUAGUUAUGCCGAAAGUGGUGUAAAAGGUAUAACAGCCAGUGAGUAUUAUUGUAGACUUGGAGACAAAUAUGCAGAACUACGUGAGGGACGUUUAUCAUUUCCAUCAGGACACAGUUCAACCUCCUUCGCAGUUUUUACAUUUAUGUCCUUAUUUCUAUUUGCAUACAUAAGACCCUCAUCACAUGGUGGGAGCUUUGUACGAUUACUUCUUUCAUUGUGUCCAAUGAUAAUUGCUUUUCUCUGUGCUGUGAGCCGAACGCGUGACUAUUGGCAUCACUUUGAUGAUGUAGUGGCUGGGGCACUUAUUGGUACUGUAUGUUCAUUACUGUGUUUCUACAACGCAUUCCGUAUCACUGGAGGAGGUCUUUGUGUUUCCAGGCGCAGUGAAGCAGGAGAAAACAUGGUGGACGUAUCAGGAGGGGAAAGUACACAAAAUACACAGGUAGUUACUAUACAAGCUAAUUAG